UUGUAAAAUAGCAGAAUCGGGGCCCAGUUGAGUGGAUUUUUGCGUUAGUAUUCACUCUAUCAAAAACUUCGAAAAGUAUCACGAGGUCGAAAUGCAGAUUGAAUAUCUAAAAAAAGGGUUCUUCCUCUCGGUCCGAUCUAUUAAAUGCCAUUUCAGAACACUAUAUAAUUUGUAACAAUUUUGUCCAACGUUAUAGGGCAUUAUGAAAUUUAAUCUAAGACUUGUCAGUAGGUACAGCAAUGAUCCCAUGCGCUACGAAGUUCCCCGAUGACUAUCAGCACCCCGGCCGGCCGCGUCCGCGCUGUGCCUACAUCAGCAUUGUAAUGUAUAAUGAGUGUCGCGUCCACACACACACAUACACACACACAAACACACACGGACGCUAGGCCCCGUUACCUGUUAUGUAUGACAACUUGCUAACAUUUAACAACCACUUGUUUUUGCGACUCUAUUCGAGCAUAUGUUUAACUAACCCCCUUUUUAUGUAAAGCGUGCUUAUCAAAAUAAACCUAGAGGCGAGUGAGGCAAUAGAACUUAAACGUCACAAUAAGGUUUUAGAUUGAAAAGAUACCACUACAGGUACUAUACUUUCCUGAAAAAGGAGAGCCAUUAAUAUUCACAUGGAGUUACCAUUGUUACGAAAUAUUGAAUGCAGCAAAUGUUUUGUUAGAAGGUGCUUCUUAUUGAAUGUCUUGGUAUAACUUGCGCAGGUAACACCGCGGCAGCGUCGAACAGUAGCAGUUAUGCACUCCCGUUUAAUUGAAACUACUUGCAACCUUGUCGCUCUACAGUUUUGUUCUCAUCACACCCCAGUCAGUGGCGAAGUGAUUAGUGAACAUGAUGUUAUGUAUGUAAUUGCGAAUGUAUUUCGACUGUCGGAUUCUAUUGCAUUGUUUUAACCAUGUUCUGAGGCAAUUCAAUAUUCGAUUACUAGUAAUUGGUGAUGCCCGGUAGUCAGCGGGAGGUGACCCCACAAUUUAGACUGUGUAUUACGGCAAUAAUUUGGUGAGAUCGGUCAGUUCGGUACGGGUUCUCGACGUGUCUUCUAUUAGAUACGUGUGCCCAAAGCUGGCUGCGGUCCGCCCACUCGUUUGGCGCACAAUCAUCAUUACAAUGGCAAUGAUUUCGCAACGGUCAGUGCACAAUGGAAGCGGGCAGCGUCGCUGGCAGCUGCCGCCGCUCCCGCUGCGACGGCGCACACUGCGCGGGGUGUGGGUCGGCUUUCCGCCGGACACCCACUCGCCAUUGUUGUCGACGGCGCGACCUGCACCUCGCUCAUACGUGUCGGGGCGCGGCGACGUCAGCCACUUCUUCAACACGCAGAUGGUGCUCGACCUGAACGAGGAGUCUGGCGAGCUCAUCAAGUCGCCAUCGCCGCCGCCCAGCCAUGAUGGCUCGGCGAGCGGCGAGGGCGAAAUCAGCGGUGACGAGCGGCCCCCCUCACCCCCGCGCGCGCCCUCCGCGCCCCUGCCGCACCCCGCGCACCCCGCGCACCCGCCGCACGUCGCCAGCGCCGCCGCCGCCACCGCCGCCGUCUUUAACGCCGCGGGCGCCGGCAACGCGCUGGCGCAGCUGCAGCACUUGCUGCUCACACAGCACGGAGCCCACUCGUUGUUGCUGCACACGCAGGUGCAGCAAGCAGUAGCGCAAGCGGCAGCGCAGCAGCUGCAACAACUGCAAGCGCGUGCCGGCGCAGUACCUUCCUCCACCACCGGUACGUCGCCAACAUUCAAAUACAUUCAAGCUGAAGGGCGGUCGCCGUCGCCGCGGCGCACCCCGCCGGGCGCAGGCGCCUUCCUCACUCCGCUGACGCCGGGCUCCGGGCGCGCGCGCUCCCCGCUGCACGCGCACGCGCACACGCCGCUGCACGCGCACGCGCACAAGCCGCGCGCGCUCGAGCCCACUGCCGACGACACCGCGGACCUCGAGGAGUUGGAACACUUCGCCAAGACCUUCAAGCAGCGCCGCAUUAAACUCGGCUUCACGCAGGGCGACGUUGGCCUCGCGAUGGGCAAGCUGUACGGGAACGACUUCUCGCAGACGACGAUAUCGCGGUUCGAGGCGCUCAACCUGAGCUUCAAGAACAUGUGCAAGCUGAAGCCACUGCUGCAGAAGUGGCUGGAGGACGCGGACUCGUCGCUGGCGGGCGGCGGCGCGGCGGGCGGCGGCGGCGCAGCACUGGGCGCGGGCCUGGCCGAGGCGGUGGGCCGGCGCCGCAAGAAGCGCACCUCCAUCGAGUCGGGCGUGCGCGUCGCGCUGGAGAAGGCCUUCCUGCACAACCCCAAGCCCACCAGCGAGGAGAUCGCCGCGCUCGCCGACGCGCUCUGCAUGGAGAAGGAGGUGGUGCGCGUGUGGUUCUGCAACCGGCGCCAGAAGGAGAAGCGCAUCAACCCGCCGGCGGGCGAGGGCGCGGCGCUGGCGCACCCGGGGCUGCAGCACGCGCACGCGCUGCAGGCGACCGCGCUGCAGCCGCUGCAGCCGCUGCAGCCGCUGGCGCUGCUGGCGCGCGCCGCCCCGCGCGACUGACGCGGCCCGCGCGAGCCGCUCCUGACACAUAUCCUCUCGUUGUAAAUAGUGCGCGGGCGCGGCCGCGGUGUACAGACUAGUGUUAGCGUGUAUAUAGAUGUACGAGCGGGCCGCUGCGCCCGCCCCUAGGCUAAGUUUAUAUUAUAAUAAUAUUACGUGAAUUUUAUUUAUGUGGGGACGAAGCGCGUUGCCGCUCCGCCGCCGCUGUACAGAGCUCAUAUCAGUUAGCGCACCACGCGACGACUAUGUAAGGUGGAUGUGUAGAAAACUAUCUAUAUGUUACAAUAAAACAUCAUAGACAUUA